ACACCCCUGAAGUAAGGAAGUGGGAUGUGGCCAGGCUGUAUUUUGUGAUGCUGUUUACGAUGGUCAUCACAGAGGCAGUGGCUCAGGCACCCUGUUACGUUGUUGAAAGGGUAGACGUGUUAAUCUGACUGUCAGAACUAAGAUGCCACUUUGUAUUCGGGAACGUCUUGGAGCGAAGAUCACUGUGAUUGUUUAAUAUUAAUACGUGAACCGUGAUGUAACAAUUUUGGUAUUUUAAAAAAGACGAGCCAAUAACUUUCAAGUAGGAGGUCUCGAUCUUGACACAACAUUAAAGAAUGGACUCCUCUGUAGCAUUGGGAAGACUGGAAAUAAGCGGCCCCAUGGUGACCCGGGGUCCGUGCCUGACUGGAUCCGUGUCUAAAGAGAGGACCGCGCAGUCUGGCCCUCCCACGCACCUGAGAGGAUGUGUGCCACUCUCCCACCAGGUGGCCGGUCACAAGUAUGGCGUUGACAAAGUAGGUAUCCUCCAACACCCUGAUGGCACAGUCCUAAAACAGCUUCAGCCUCCUCCAAGAGGUCAGAGAGAGAUGCAGUUCUACAGCAAGGUAUAUGCAGACGAUUGCUGUGAUCCCUGUCUGUUGGAACUGCAACAACACCUUCCCAAAUACUAUGGCACCUGGUCCUCCCCUGACACACCAACUGAUCUCUACCUGAAGCUGGAAGAUGUGACACGACGUUUUCAGAAACCCUGCAUUAUGGAUGUGAAGAUAGGCCAGAGGAGCUAUGACCCCUUUGCCUCACAGGAGAAGCGGGAUCAGCAGAUCAAAAAAUACCCUCUGAUGGAGGAGAUUGGUUUUCUUGUUCUGGGAAUGAGGGUUUACAAAGUAGGCUCGGACAACUUUGACACAUAUGACCAGCAUUAUGGAAGAGGUCUUGUGAAGGACACCAUUAAGGAUGGCUUAUCCAAGUUUUUCUAUAAUGGAGAGAACCUCCGCAAAGAUGCAGUUGCUGCCAGCAUUGUUAAAGUCAAGAAGGUUCUUCAGUGGUUUGAGGGCCAGAGCCAAUUAAACUUUUAUGCAAGUUCUCUGCUGUUUGUCUAUGAGGGCUUACGUCCUCCCAGCCUCAUUAGUGGAAGCCCAGAGGAGAAGAACACAGAGGCUGAAGCUGGCGAGCCGACCACGGGGAUGCUGGAGUACAACAAUAACAUAGACCAGAGCCUGUCCACCAUGUAUUCACUGCACAAGAGAGGCUGUACCAAGAGCCACCAUGAGGCCAAUCAGGAAAAUGACACAUGGAAAUGCAACACACAGAUACCCACCCAUCAGCCCAAUGGCAACAAUACCACAGCCCAACUGGAAGAAUGGGGGGAUAAGAGGCCUAAGGAGGAAGCUGUACCACUAAUGCCUGGAGAUGUAGAGGUCAGGAUGAUUGAUUUUGCUCAUGUUUUUCCCAGUGAGGUCCAGGAUGAGGGUUACAUUUAUGGUCUAAAGAAUCUUCUGAGGGUCCUGCAGCAGAUCCUAGAUGACUAAACCUCUCUUCUUCUCGAUUUUCAUCUUCAGAGGCAUUUGCUACAUCAGUGUUGACUUUUAUUUCAAGCUGAACGGAGGACAUGUAGCCUCUCUCAAGUCCUCAUGCCCUCUAAUUUUCUGCACUACCUGCACUAUUGAUGAAGUAACUUGUUUGUAGACCUUUGUGCUUCAUAUAGUUCAUUGGUAUCUUA